UCGGCUCUGACAAUCCCCAGAUCUAGAUCAUCAAUCUGCAAACAACAACUUUCUUUCGAACUCCUGAUCCCAAGAGCCCUCUUCCCUGUCCACCGACAUCACGCAUUUCAUGUCUCCCUCCCGUGUCAACGGCCAGAGCGACAGCCCGUCCGCGCCUCAGACCUCCAACAAAUCCUCCCCGCGCUGCUUCGGCAAGAUGAACACCUCCAUGAUCGAGUCCAAGUUCCUCAGCCACCCGGAAGACCUCGGCGUCGUCGCCGUCGGCUUCUCGGGCGGGCAGGGCAAGCCGGGGGUGGACGCGGCGCCGACGGCCCUUAUCGAGUCCGGCUUGCUGACGCAGCUACGCGACGAGUUGGGCUAUAACUUGCACGGGCACGACGCCGUGCACUCGUACACAGACCUUGUGGCGACGUCGGCGGACCAGGACCCGCCCCACCGCGGCAUGAAGAACCCCCGCUCCGUCUCCGGCGUCACCCGCCGCAUCGCCGACCAGGUCUACUCCCACGCCCGCGAGGGUCGUCUCGUCCUCACCCUCGGCGGUGACCACAGCAUCGCCAUCGGCACCAUCGCCGGUAGCGCCAAGGCCGUCCGCGAGCGCCUCGGCAGGGACAUCGCCGUCAUCUGGGUCGAUGCGCACGCCGACAUCAACACCCCCGAGACGAGCGACAGCGGGAAUGUCCAUGGCAUGCCGGUGAGCUUCCUGACUGGGCUCGCGAGGGAGGAGAAAGACGAAUUCUUCGGGUGGCUGAAGGACGAGCACCGGGUGAGCGUGAAGAAACUGGUGUACAUCGGGCUGCGCGACGUCGACGCCGGGGAGAAGAAGAUCCUGCGAGAAAACGGGAUCAAGGCGUUUAGCAUGUUCGACAUCGACAGACACGGCAUCGGUCGCGUCGUGGAGAUGGCGCUCGCGCACAUCGGCAACGACACCCCGAUCCACCUCUCGUUCGACGUCGACGCGCUCGACCCCAUGUGGGCGCCCUCGACUGGCACCCCGGUGCGCGGCGGCCUCACCCUGCGCGAGGGCGACUACAUCUGCGAGUCGGUGCACCAGACCGGCAGCCUCGUGGCUGUCGAUCUCGUCGAGGUCAACCCGCGGCUGGCAGCGGACGUGGAUCUCGGCGCGCACGAAACAGUCCGGGCCGGCUGCUCCAUCGUCCGGUGCGCGCUCGGCGAGAGCCUGCUUUGAGGCGUAGGUAUACCAAGGGGGGAGGCAUAGGGAAAACGUGAGCGGAUUGCGGCACAGGUUUGGUGAUCUUAAGUUAGAUUUACCGUCACAUACAGGCUAUCUCACGGCGCACAGCGGCGAUUCACACGGCGGGAUGGACUGGGAUUGGGUAUCGGGGAACGAGAGAAUGUUUUGG